UGUGCUGCUGCUCACUUCUUCUUCUUCUUCUUUUUUAAAGAAAAUUUUAAAAAAUUCUCUUUCCUCCCAUCAGAACGAAGCUCCAGCGAGUGGAUUUUACCACAGAGGAUUUUUCUUACUGUCAAUUUUUUUUCUAGUUGUUUUUGUAAGUUGUUGUUUGUUUGUUUUGUUUUUUUCUCAUUAUUAUUUCCAAAAAAAUUAAUACACACAAGGACGCGAGGAUGCAUGUUGGAUUAGCGCUGAUCCUCUUAACAGGAAUCUUUGUCAAAGCGAGAGCUAUCAAACCCGUUCCAGACCAAUGUGGGGGAAACAUCCGGAUCACCAGUGCCAACUACUUGACCUCCCCGGGCUACCCAGCCUCGUACCUGCCGUCGCAGAGGUGUGUGUGGGUGAUCUCGGCUCCAGCAUCGCACCAACGCAUCCUCAUCAACUUCAACCCGCACUUCGACCUGGAGGACCGUGAGUGCAAAUACGACUAUGUAGAAGUGAGGGAUGGCAUCGAUGAGAGCGGGCAGCUGGUGGGAAAGUACUGUGGGAAGAUCGCUCCUUCUCCUGUAGUGUCCUCCGGUAACCAACUCUUCAUCAAGUUUGUGUCAGACUACGAGACGCACGGCGCUGGCUUCUCCAUCCGCUACGAGAUUUUCAAAUCAGGUCCAGAAUGCUCGAGAAACUUCACCUCUAAGAGCGGGUUCAUCAAGUCACCUGGUUUCCCCGAGAAGUACCCCAAUAACCUGGACUGCACAUUUAUGAUCUUCGCCCCAAAGAUGUCGGAAAUUAUCCUGGAGUUUGAAAGCUUUGAGCUGGAGCCUGACACACAGCCAACCGCUGGGGUCUUCUGCCGAUAUGACCGCCUGGAGAUCUGGGACGGUUUCCCUGGAGUCGGCCCGCACAUCGGCCGGUACUGUGGGCAGAACACUCCGGGCCGAAUUAUCUCCUACACAGGAAUACUGGCCUUGACAAUCAACACGGACAGCGCUAUCGCAAAGGAGGGCUUCUCCGCUAACUUCACCGUGGUAGAGAGGACUGUGCCUGAGGACUUUGACUGCAUGGAGCCGUUGGGUAUAGAGUCCGGCGAGAUUCCCUCAGAGCAGAUUGAGGCCUCGUCGGAGUAUAAUCCCAGCUGGUCUGCACAGCGUUCCAGACUCAAUAACUUUGAAAACGGCUGGACGCCAAUGGAGGACUCCAACAAAGAGUGGAUUCAGGUUGAUCUGGGUUUCCUGCGCUUCGUCUCAGCCAUCGGGAUUCAAGGCGCCAUCUCUCAGGAGACCAACAAAAAGUAUUUUGUGAAGUCCUACAAGGUGGACGUGAGCUCCAACGGGGAAGACUGGAUCACACUGAAGGAAGGCUCCAAACAGAAGGUUUUCCUGGGCAACACCAACCCCACAGAUGUCGUGAAGACUUUGCUGCCCAAACCCACGCUGACACGCUACGUCCGCAUACGACCCUACUCGUGGGAGACGGGCAUUGCUCUGCGCUUCGAAGUAUAUGGCUGUAAGAUCUCAGAAUACCCAUGUUCAGGCAUGCUGGGAAUGGUCUCAGGCCUGAUCACCGAUGACCAGAUCACCGCUUCCUCACACACGGACCGCAGCUGGGUGCCGGAGAACGCUCGGCUACUGACCAGCCGCUCAGGAUGGACCCUACUGCCCCAACCUCAGUCAUACAUGGACGAAUGGCUCCAGGUGGACCUGGGUCAGGAGAAACUCGUGCGCGGUCUGAUCAUCCAGGGAGGGAAGCACCGCGAGAACAAGAUCUUUAUGAAGAAGUUCCGUCUGGCCUACAGCAAUAACGGCUCUGACUGGAAGAUGGUGAUGGAGGCCAACAGUAACAAGCCCAAGCUUUUCGAGGGGAAUAUGAACUACGAUACACCGGUAUUAAGGACAGUGGAGCCCAUCUUGACACGCUUUAUUCGAGUUUAUCCAGACAGAGCUACACCAACAGGCAUGGGGUUGAGACUAGAGCUGCUGGGCUGUGAGUUUAAAGCACCCACAGUGCCGCCCACCCUGCCUGUCCCCCCAACCACACCAUCCGACGAGUGUGAUGAUGAGCAAGCAAACUGUCACAGUGGAACAGGUGAUGACUACGAACAGACAGGUGGCACUACUGUUCCUGAGACCACUACAGAGAUGAGCCCCAUUCCAGCUUUCCUGUGGUUUGCGUGUGACUUUGGCUGGGCGAAUAACCCUUCGUUCUGUGGCUGGACGUCUGAGGAGGGCAGCUACAAGUGGCAGAUUCAGUCCAGUGGCACGCCCACAUUAAACACCGGCCCCAACAUGGACCACACAGGUGGUUCUGGAAACUUCAUUUACACCCUAGCGACUGGAGCGCAGAAGAAAGAAGUGGCGCAGCUCGUAAGUCCGGCUGUUUUGGGUCAGGACUCGGAUCUUUGCCUCUCCUUCUGGUACCACAUGUUUGGCUCACACAUCGGCACACUGCACAUCAAGCAGCGUCACGAGAGCGGCCGUGAAACAGCCGACGUGCUGCUCUGGACCGUCAGCGGACAUCAGGGCAACCGCUGGAGGGAGGCCCGUGUGCUGAUCCCACAUUCAAGCAAACCCUACCAGGUGGUGAUAGAGGGUGUAGUGGAGGGACAGAGCUUGGGAGACAUCGCUGUGGACGACAUUAAAAUCCUGGAAAUCAACAUGGCGGACUGCAAAGACCCAGAUGUCCCUACAGAACCCAUGCUACCUGAGGACUUUGGUAAAUUCCCUGUGGACAUCACCAACUUCCCGAAGACCGAGGAGAACAAAGAGAUCAGCGGAACAGGGAACAUGCUGAAUACUCUGGACCCCAUCCUGAUCACCAUCAUCGCCAUGAGCGCGCUGGGCGUCUUCCUGGGAGCAAUCUGCGGCGUGGUGCUCUACUGCGCCUGCUCGCACGGCUCCAUGACCGACAGGAACUUAUCCGCUCUGGAGAACUAUAACUUCGAGCUGGUGGAUGGCGUCAAGCUAAAGAAGGACAAGCUCAACUCACAGAACUCAUACUCAGAAGCAUGAGGCACCGACUAAUUAGGGGACACCUCUCCUCAGGGAGGCGGGCUUAAAAAAAUAAACAGACUGACGGCACUCUCCCAUUGGAAGAGGACAAGGCUCAGAGGUUCUCAGAACCAAUGGGAGGAGAACUGGGACUGAGCCGUGCUUUUCUCAGGAGCUGCAGUGAACAGAACCUACCAGUAGGGGACACUGUGUACAAAAACAUUGAAUCAGCGGUGAAGGAGAUGGAAAAAAACAAACAAAUUAAAAAGAAUAUGUACAGAUGAUUUAGAUGAUUAUUUUAAUUUUUUUAUUUUAUUAUUUUUUAUUAUUUUUUCGUUGCUCAUUUUUACAAUCGGAUGCUGGUGUUGAGACCAAUAUAUGAAAAUGUUAUACGUAUUUAUCUUUUUUUUUCUUUGUCUGGGAGGAAAAAAACAUUUCUUUUUAAAGUUUUUUUUUUUCUUUUUUUGCGUUUAAAGGAGAUGUGUAAAAAAAAAAAUCCAAAAUGAACCAUGUCUGAUAACCCAUAAUGGGACACGUAUCUGAGGGUGUGGUUCAGUCAGUGCCUUUGGUACAUCUUUCUUGGCCUCAUUUGUUGAUUUGUGAAUUUUCUUUCAUCCCUUUAGUUCUGGAACAAAGACAAACACACAAAAACAAGGAAGAAAAAAACAAAACAAAACAAAUAUGUUGGUCACAUGACCCUGCAAGCAUGACCCGGUUUAUUCAUGUUGAGAGCCCACAUAUUGUACAUACAGUAAGUUUUAAUAUAUUUUAUUGCCCUUUUCAAAGAAAAUGAGUAAAAAGAAGCUGCAGUAUCCCUUUUUUCUUUGGUGUUGUAAAUACAAUCGUCUGGCUGUUUCGUGAAGGUGAAAACGUGUGCUAUUUCCGUCCUGUUUGGUUACUUUAUCACAUUUCCCAGAAAUGCAGCUAAUAUGUUAUACGCUGGUGGUUCACACACACACAAACACAAAUACAAACACACACACACACACUGACACUCAUUCUCCGACAAGUUACACGCUCCACGGACCAUCAAUGAGGCUCCAUAAGUGCUUACACUUUGUGCUUACACUACACCUAUAUCUCACCGACAUUUACAGUUCACAUCUGUCCACAUGUCCAUAUGAUCGUCCUUAAGGCUGAAGGCUUGAGGGGCAAAACAAGUCAGGUGUAACCCCAUCUCUUUUUUUGUUUCUCUUCAUAGCUAUGUUCUGAAUGUUUGCCAUCAUGUCAGAAAAGAGCUAAUGAACAUCGUCGUCAUCGCCUCAACCAUUUCUCCUGCAUUUUAAAUCGUCCUCUCGCCUCGAAUGCACUUUGUCGUCAUCUGUCUCACGUACAGUAAGACUUGUGAAUGGGAUGUGUAUAAGAAUGGUGCUAUUGUCUUUGUGCUUGGCCAACCAUCGUAGCGCGUCAUCUGGACUGCACUCACAUGGGUGGCUGGUGUGACGAUAAUGCUGUCAUCACAUAAGCAUGACAUUUGCCAUGUGACUGAUUUGAUAUAGGAAUCAUCACUUUGGCUCUUGCGUCUGUACCAAAGGACUGUUGCUUCAAAUCAAACAGGGCCGAAUACACCAUACAGAAGGCGUGCAUCGGCUCGGCUUUGGAUAAGGCACUGGAUUUAAAAAGAGAACAGCAUAUGAAGGACUGACUCAAAACAUAAAACAUGAAAUGCUGGCUUGUCAUUCGACAUCACGCAACAAUAUAAAACCUAAGAACUUCAUAUCACAUGUAGUAUAACCCAGAGCACUCCACCUCACUCCCUUUCUCCCUCUCUCUCUCUCACACACACACACACACACACACACACACAUACACACACAUGUACACACCUAAACUGACUCAUAUUUUAAAGGUUUCUUGGUAUGUUUCUGUGCUGUGCUGUGUUCUGUGGCAAACACGUUCUCUAUUCAUUUAUCUCCAGUAGUUUGCAAUGCCAUGACCCCGUUUCUCAAUGCUACGUGUGUGUUAGCUGAAGCUAAAGGCAGACUAGCUUCAGUAAGGUUUAAUGAAGAAAGCAUACUGUAGCAUCAAGAAAAAAAAAAAAAACAAUGUUGCACUGAUAGAUAUAUUUAAAGAGGUUUAUGUGUUUAUAGCAUUCAUUUGUAAAAAAAAAAAAAAAAAAAUCUUCAUUUAAAAAAAAAGGACAGUGUUCAUUUUUUAUAGUUUCAGAAUAUGUAAAUAAUUCUGAAAUAUAUGGUUAUUGAGAUGUUUUCAUUAUUGAAAAAGGUAUACAAAUUUCCUAUAGUAAAGUUCCCAUUUACCUGAUUGAUUAUCUUUUGUUUUGUAUUGUCAUUCAAAUUUUGUGCUAAUUUGUUUUUCUUCGUUUUUUUUUUGUUGUUGUUGUUGUUUUUUACACAAGAAGAAGGGGAGAAACUUUUAUUUUCAAUACUGAUUCUGUAAUUGCUGUUGUAGGAAGAAGAACCUGAAUAAAACAGCAAGGCCUUAAAAAAAACUCUCAAUCAAUGUUUUGUAUUUCAAUAUUCUGCAUCAUGAAAAGAAAAUCGCCAAUGUCUACUGUCUCUCGUCAACUUAGCUCAACGUACAUUCCAAAGAUUCAGAUACAAUAAAGGUUUUCCUAAGA